AGAUAGUGCUCGGGACUCCGCUGAGAGUAGCCAUGCAUGCUUGCCUCUCGCCUUUUCAGGAGCCACGCGUGGUUCCUGCCGCUGGUGUCCUGUGCCGAUGGCGUCUCUGAGAUCGAGAACUGCAUCUUCAACUUGGUGGAGUGCUUGAACCUGGUGUCAGACGAUGAAGUGCAACAAGAAGCCUUGGCGACGAAACUUCUGCAGAGCUGGCUUCAGAGCGCCUCAGCUCAGGAGGAAGACAACGGCCCGCUCCGGGCGGCAGCUCUGGCGCAUGUGAUGGACCUGGCCGAAGCGGCCUCGAGCCAUCCGGUGCUCGCGCUGGGUGUGGGUCAAGCCCUCCACUCCUUCUUUUGGUGGGGCGUCCGGCCACAGCCGCAGCCUUCGAGCAAACUGGCACCACCUGACGUGCAGGUUGCCCGCGCAGCUCUGACAUUGCAUGAGCAGGCGGUGACAUUUGCAGGCUGCGAUAUUAUCGACCUUGAGCUCGACACCUUCCUUGCCAGGAAGUGCCCCUGGCGCUGGCGCUUCGCCUUUCUCAUCGGCUCGGAGCUUGGGCUGGAACUGGCUCUUGCUCAGCAGGACUUUGCUGCUGCGGCUGCAACCUUCUCCCACCUGCACGCGCGGUUUGGUUCAUUGCACUUGACUUUGGUUCUUGUCAUGAACGGGCGUGACGUCAACAGGCAGCGCUUGCCCCACUUUGCCGGCAGCAAGCAAAGAAGCCCAAUGCGCCUCAAUCAGAACUGGGACUUUUUCCCAGCCGCAGACCAGUACCCCAUUUGGCCUCGCAAUCGGUGGCCUCCCUUCGGUGAAUUCGUGGAAAGGCACUACGACAUCUUCAAGGCUGGUUUGGAGGCGUUCCUCCAGGACGACCCGGGGCGGCACUUCGGUGCUGCCGCCCGAUUCCAAAGCGGGUUGACCCCGAGGAGCCAGGACUGGGCCCGCAUCAAGCUAAUCCACAGCGGAGGACAGUCAGAGCUAUGCAAGCUGCCUUACCUCAAGCGCAGCUGUGAGUUGCUGGCGGACCGGCCAGAGAUAGGGCCCAGAUGUGGCACCUACUUGUCAGGAGCCUCAAUAGCUCGCCUGCUGCCAUCUGCGCAGCUGAAGCCCCACCUAGGCACGCACCCCCGGCUGACGCUGCAGUUAGGCCUUCGCGCGCCAAGCGGGGCGACCCUGACGGUGGCAGGAGAGGAGGUAGCUUGGACUGAGGGGAAGGUCAUCAUCUUCGAUGACACCUACAUGCACAAGGUGCAGCAUCGAGGUGAGGAGACUCGGUAUGUCUUGGUGGCCUGGUUCUGCCACCCCUGCGACAAUGGUUGGCGCCAGGGGCAGGGCGAGCAAUGGCUCGCGGAGAAUCCGCUGCCUGAGUGGUGUGGUGGUGGCGGGGGAGGAUACAGCGCGCCACCUGUGCCGGGAUACUCUGAGCCAAUUUGAAGCCAAAGGGGC